AUGGACUUCAAUUUCGACCGCUUCCAACCCUGUGAAGACCACUUCUACGGUAUCAUGCUCAGCAAUGGAUCCUAUCCUAUCGGCUGUGUUAUUUUGCUAGUUACCUUUGGCACGCCCAACAACUACCGUAUGGAGCACCUCACCUUCGUGGUGGCCAACUUCAAAACUUCCUACCAUGCCAUCUUUAGCAGACCCAUGCUCGCAAGGUUCAUGGCGAUUCCACAUCACACCUACCUUGUCCUCAAGAUGCCAGCUCCAAACGGUGUCCUUUCCAGCUACGGUGAUGUUGAGACAUCAUACAAGUGUGACAUGGAGGCGGUACAGCUCGCUGAAGCCGUGGAGUACUCGGCCAAAGCCACCGCCAUGCUUGCCGAGGCCCAGAAGGUGGACUAG